AUGGAGGUGAAAGACGAUGGGCUGCCCUCCCACGAGGAGUUCUUGAUCGAGUACGGGGACCUCGAGUUCGGGAAGAAGAUCGGGCGAGGCCAGUACGGCCAUGUCUACAAGGGCGAAUAUCUCGGCACGUGUGUGGCGAUCAAGCAGUGCGUGUUCGAGGGCGAAGAGCAGGAGAUGAUGCAGAAGUACAUCGCCAGGGAGAUUUCCAUCCUCAAGGAGGUGCGCCAUCCCAACAUCGUCAACUUCAUCGGGAUCAGCAAGCGCAUGGGCGCUUCGCCGCGAAACAAGGACAAAGAAAUCAUCUACAUCGUUACCGAGUGGGUGCCCCACGGCAAUCUCCACCGGGCGGUAACGUUGGCAGGCGAUUUUGGCUUUGCGCGCUUCAAGUCCAAAGGGCGACUGAUGACCCUGGCCGGCACCGAGCAGUACAUGGCCCCCGAAGUCAUUUUGGGAGAGGACUACGGCGACAAGUGCGACGUGUUCGGGUUCGGGGUGGUGCUGGUGGAGAUGAUCGCCCGAAAGUCUCCGCCGAUGCGCGGUCCCGCCACGUGCUUCGACUUCCGGCCAGACGACAUCGAGGCCUUUUUCCCUCUUGACUGCCCGCCAUUGCUCAAGGAGCUCACCAAGAAGUGCAUUCAGUAUUCACCCAAGGACAGGCCCUCUUUCAAGCAGGCUCUGGUGGACCUGAAGAGCGUGCGGUCACAGCUGGUCGCCGCCAAGAAGGCCGCCGAACUGGCCGGCGGCCAGGCGCUCGUCAACAAGGACCGCGCCGAGACUUCGCCGCUGGCGCUGGAGAACCGCGACCGACGAGAGCGCAGCUUCGCGCUCUGUAAGCCGUCGCCGGAGAGCACUCGCAGGCGGGCCCUGCGCGACCGCGACCGAGAGCUGGCCGAGCCACGCCAGAGAUCGACGCUGGGCCGACAACAAGGCAAUGUUGAAGACGAACGAGGCCCGGAAAUCAUCGAAGACGAGCGCGGGCCAGAAAUCUGCUUCGACGACGAACGAGGUUCAGAUAUCGUCGAAGACGAGCGAGGCCCGGAAAUCAUCGAGGACGAGCGCGGGCCGGAAAUCGUCGAAGACGAGCGAACAGAGAAGGAGCAGGAGGACGAGCGAGGACCCGAGAUCGACGUCGAAGCCCCGACCAAGACGGCGGAAGGGGGAGAGGUGAAGAAGCAUAAGAAGCAGAAGAAAGAGAAGAAAGAGAAGAAAGAGAAGAAGGAGAAGAAACCGAAGACGCCGCGGCGUGGGGCGCGCGACGAGCGGGCCUCCACGGCGCCCAACCAGCAGUGGGAACCCCACGUCUUCACCAACUCGGUCAUCAAGAGGAAGGAGGAGGAGGAGGGAGCCGUCAACUCGCCCACCCAGUGGAGCCGCCGGCCCCACCACCAGCCUCCCAGUCCUACGCCGCCGCUCGAGCUCAAGUCGCCGCGCCAGGGCGACCUUCACUUGUCGCACCAGGGCGAGCUCAAGUCGCCGCGCCACGUCAAGUCGCCGCGCCAGCGCCAGGGCGAACCGACGUCGCCGCGCCAGGCCGAGAUCAAGUCGCCACGUCAGCACCAGGGCGACCCCACGUCGCCGCGCCAGGGCGAGCUUCCGUCGCCCCGAAAUCGCAUGGACGCGUGGCGCUACGCACUGGUGGGGCAGUGGAGCCUGACGGCAGAGGAGAAGGAGGAGAGGAAGAAUGCCAAGAAGAGCAGAAAGAAGAGCGGCAGCAAGAAGAGCAACAAGAAGCAGGACGAGGCCGAUCAUGACAGUAACAGCGAACCGCGCAUGGUGGCCCAGCUACAGCUCCAGCCCGUCGACCCCAGGAGGAAGGACAGCCUGGUAACACACGCCCACACCCACAUCGGAGAGAAAGUGUAG